UGUUACGGAUGUAAACACUGGUCGGUUCACGUGGAGGGAAAACACAACUAUGGCACCGAGGCUGGAGCGUUUUGUCAGCCCGGGAAAAGGCAACGGUGUCCGGGCGACAGCCGGGAUCAAGAGGGGAGAGCUGGUGUACUCUGCAGAGCCGCUGGCGGCCUGUGUGUCCAACAAAGUGGCCAGAGAUGUCUGCCACCACUGCUUCACACGACGUGAGACCUUGUUGAGGUGUUCCCAGUGCAAGAUGGCUCGCUACUGCAAUAUCACUUGCCAGAAACAAGCAUGGUCUGGCCAUAAGAGAGAGUGUAAAUGUCUGCAAAGUCUCCGACCCAGAAUUCCCACUGACUCAGUCCGUCUGGCUGCGAGACUCAUCUUUGCCAUGUUAAGUCCAUCUAAGAGCAGUAGUGAGGAGCUCUACAGUUUGGAGGAGCAUGAAUCACACCUGAGUUCCAUGUCUGAGCAGAAGAAACAAGGUCUGUCUCAGCUGGCGUCCAUGUUAGAGCUGUACCUACAGCAGGAGGUACCUGACCUGGCACAGGAAAUGACAUCAGCACUGCCACCUUCCUGUCGAGAACCCCUCAGCCUUAUUGCAAAGGUGACAUGUAAUUGUUUCACCAUCAGUGAUGGAGAGUUGCAAGAGAUUGGCGUUGGGCUGUAUCCUAGUUUAUCUCUGCUAAACCAUGACUGUAGGCCAAACUGUGUGAUGGUGUUUGAGGGAACAAAGCUGCAGCUCAGAGCUGUGCAGGAUAUCAACCCUGAAGAGGAGCUAACUAUAAGUUACAUCGAAACGUUGUCACUGACUGAAGAUCGACAGAGACAGCUGGAGGACCAGUACCAUUUUACCUGCCACUGCCAGAAUUGUGACUCUCAAGACAAAGACAGACUCAUGCUGUCAGGGGAGAAAUCAACAUGCCGCCUGCUGAAGGAGGCUCUACCCAGACUGGAAGCUCUGAAAGCAGAGUCAAAUUGGCAAGCACUACAAGAGAGUUGGAGUCAUCUGUUAUCAACUGUUGGUGGUAAAGUGCCUGAUGAAAAUCUGUAUAAACUCAAGAUGACAGACAUGGCUCUAGAUGCUUCCAUUCACUUGGGAAAUUGGGAGAAAGCUGUGGGAUAUGGAGAGAAAACCCUUCCAGUAUACAGACAAUAUUACCCUGACCCCCAUCCUGCCCAUGGAGUCCAGCUGAUGAGAGUCGGAAAGCUGCAGCAUUACCUGGAGCACAUUGAGGAUGCAUUGGAUACAUUCAAAGAGGCCUACCAGAUCAUAAAGGUGACCCACGGUGAUGAUCACCCCAUGACCACUGAACUCUUGAUGAAGAUGGAGGAAUGUCGUGCUGAGAUGGUUCAACAGUCAUCCAGCUGAGACACAGCCACAAAAAACCUUUAUUUAGUCCUAAUGUUAUUAGUGUAGUCAUCAAUCCCAAUCAGCAGUUUUAUAAAAAAUUGUAAAAUCAACAAGAAGUAGAUAAAUUGUUCCUCCUGUAAAUCAGGUGAAUUGUGAUAAAUAAAUAAAUCAGCAUG